CGCUCCCCGCCCAGUUUGGUGUGCAGCUUGAGCCAAUCGGGUGGCGACCCAUCACCCGGCCCUCGGCGCGGAACCGGCCAGGCCUGGGAGCGGAAGGAGUGGGCCGACAGCGCUGGAGCGCGUCCUCGUUUCCUGACACUUUCGCCGCGGAGGGAUGGCGGCGGGCGUCGCAUCGCUCUCCGGCGUGCUGCAGCCGCGGCGGCUCCUCUCAGGACCGACCGUGCUGCUGCUGCCGCUCCUCCAGGUCCUGUUUGUGCAACCGCCGGGCCCAGCUGAGGCUGGGCCGCUCGCCAAGUGGCGGCUGCCCGUGCUCACGGGCAAGACUUCUUUUAACUUUGGGAAGAUUCUCUUCAGCAACACUACCAUUUACCUAAAGUUUGAAGGCAAUGAAGCUACGUGUGACCCUUCUCAAGUUUACAAUGUUAGCUGGUACUUGAGGUAUUCUGAUUGCUACAAUGAAGUCUUCAAUUUUGGGGAUGAACAGGUCGAUCUUUAUUUUGGGGACACGGUAAAAAAACAACCAGGUUGGUCAGGAUACUAUGCAAUGUCUUCGAUUGCCUUCCACAACUGUACUGAACUCUUCAAACCACAGAUUUUCCACCAUGAAUCUGUUCAUCCAGAACCCCUCUCUGAUGGAAAACAAGAGCUUUCUUCUCAAGAGAAUGUAACAAACAAUGUGACUAUAGCUGAGAAGCCUGUAAAUACAAGAGAGGCAUUGAAUGCUGUUAUGAGAACCUGGAGGGAUGGGCCUUACAUUUUUAUUGUUCAGAUUGGAAUUUCAUCCUCUAAGGAAGGGAAUGUGAAAGCUAAAAGAGCAACAGGUGAUGAUGGAUUGCCAAAAGUUGUGGCUUCCUCUGAUCCACAAAAGGCACUAUUUAACAUGACUGUGGAGGUGAAAGGUCCAUAUGACUACCUCUCUUUAGCAGAUUAUCCUCUGAUGAUUUUCUUCAUGGUGAUGUGCAUUGUGUAUGUCUUGUUUGGAGUUCUGUGGCUUGCAUGGUCAGCCUGCUAUUGGCGUGACCUCCUGAGGAUCCAGUUCUGGAUUGGUGCAGUUAUCUUUCUGGGAAUGUUAGAGAAAGCUGUUUUCUAUGCAGAAUUUCAGAAUAUUCGCUACAGUGGAGAAUCAGUCCAGGGGGCCCUGAUACUGGCUGAGCUGCUUUCAGCACUGAAGCGUUCACUUGCUCGGACUCUUGUUAUAAUAGUGAGCCUGGGAUAUGGCAUAGUCAAGCCUCGUCUUGGAGCUGAUCUUCACAAAGUAAUUGUGGCUGGAGCCCUCUAUUUAUUAUUUUCUGGCAUGGAAGGAGUCCUUAGAGUUACAGGGUCUUUCCGUGGUGUUACACUUGUAGUUAACCUCAUGCUGUCUCUCAUUGACUCCUGUAUUAUUUAUUGGAUAUUUAUUAGUUUGACCCAGACGAUGAAAUUGUUAAAACUUAGGAGGAAUGUUGUGAAACUUUCUCUCUACCGACACUUCACCAACACUCUCAUCUUGGCAAUAACAGCAUCUGUUGUAUUUAUCAUCUGGACAGCCUUGAAAUUCAGGCUGGUAGAUUGUCAGCUGGAUUGGCAGGAGCUGUGGGUAGAUGAUGCCAUCUGGCGGCUUUUGUUUUCAAUGAUACUUUUUGCCAUCAUGGUUCUUUGGAGGCCAUCUACCAACAACCAGAGAUUUGCUUUUUCACCAUUGCCUGAGGAAGAGGAAGACAGUGAGCAGAAGGAACCAAUGCUGAAAGAAAGUUUUGAGGGCAUGAAAAUAAGAAGUUCAAAACAAGAAUCAAAUGGAAAUACUAAGGCAAACAAAACACAGGAAGAUGAUUUGAAAUGGGUAGAAGAGAAUGUUCCUUCUUCAGUGACUGAUGUCGCUCUCCCAGCUCUUCUGGAUUCUGAUGAGGAAAGAAUGAUCACACAAUUUGAAAGAUCCAAAAUGGAAUGAAGAGGAAAACAGGACAAGGCUUCCUUUUUUGGAGAAAGGAAGUAAUGUCUGUCUCCCUUGGAACAUUACAGUGCUGCAGUCUUCUGACAUGUUCCAUAAUCUUUGAAACUGUUCUCAGAUGGAGACUAUUUUGCUUGGGUAACUGUGGAGGGGAUCAUAAACAUCUUGGUAAACCUAUGAAAAAUUGUGCAUUUCCAUUGUUGUUGCAAGUUUUUUUUUAAAGAAGCUGAAACAUCUUUUAUUGCAGCAUAUUUAAGUCAAACUAAAACUGUUGAAGAACUUUCUGAGCAUUUAUUAAUUCAAUAUUACAGCUAAAUCCCAUGUUUAACUUACAACAGGGAGGGAGAAAAAAGUAGCAAAGAAUUAACUUAAUUGUGUCUGGGCAUUUCUAGAUGAGGCAUUUAUUGUGUGCCCCUUACACCCUAUUCAUGGUUUAGAAUGUUUUCCCCAAACCAGCAUGGGUGAUCCAUCCACAAAGGUAGACUUCAGGUUAUAGUUUCCAACAAUCUGUUGCUGCACACAAACAUCUGCCUGUGACUGUGCACAGAGGAUUGAAUUCCCACCUUCUCCAGUUUCUAGUGAAGAACAGGGAUUGGCAGAACUGUCAGAAGCAAUCAUCUGUAAAAGAGCCUUGCCCAUGUAGUAUAUGCUUGCUGCUCCGGGCAAGGAUCUGUGGAUUGGGGUCAGUGCCUUUCAUUUUUUUAGAUACAGCAACAGCUAUUGACCGAAGAUCCUGAUAUCUGACUUGGGAAAGGCAGAGAGCUUUUUUUUUUAAAAAGUGCUCUUGCUUAUGGAAAAUGUGUAACAUAGCACGAGGGAUUUAUUUGGAAGUUAUUAUUCCUCAUGUUUUUAGCAAAAUCAAGUGCAAAUUUAUUCACUCUACUAUAUAGGAAAGAUUUUUUUUAUAUUUUAAGUUUUACAUAUUUAGAAGAAAUGACUGCUUAAUUCGUAAAGUUAAAUUUGUUGCACACCUCAUUGCUGGCAAUGGGGUGUGAGCAUGAGCAGUUAGCUGUUCAGACUGGAGCCACAAGCACUUAAAUGCAAGCAUUCCCACACACCCAGCAGCUGUCCCUGACCAAUGCCAUGCAUAUCUUAUGCUUCUCAUAUUGUUGUACUGCAAGAACUCACAAGAUUCAACAAGCCCAUACAGAUUGGCUGUCUGAAUCAGGCUUAUAAAGGUUGUGUCCCACUUAGCCAAAUACUGCCCUCCAGCUGUGUAUUAUGGCCGUUUGACAAUCCUCCUGUUUUUGAAGCUCUAGGUAGCCAGCCAGCCAGGAAGAUUUUCAAGCCCCUGGUAGGCUGUACUUAGCUACAAGGUGUACAAGCCUGCUUUUACUGGAUAAUUGCAUUAAACCUGACAUGUCUUUAAAUGUGCAAAUACUGUACACAGACAUGUGAUCCCAAAUGGCAACUGUACCUCAUGCAGUUCUUAAAUUCCUCCCUCAACAGGGCUGUUGUCAGCACCUGCCAUCCUUGGGUAGCUGUUAGGUUCCUAGUGCCCCAGCAGGGCCUACUGGUGCUUACAUAUGGCCUGGAUCUAUGAGCUAUCUCAAAUUUCUUACACAGUGUCCUUGUUAAGAAGCAUUGCUCUGGAGUGCAGUGAGAAAGUUAAAAUAGAACCCUUAACCAUUUUUCACUGCAGCCAGAUAACUCCAUGGGCAAGAAUCUUUCUAUAAAUAAGAGAACCCACCUGAGCACACAUCACUUCUUCACCCUGUGAGAUUCCAAACAGCUCUGUCCUGAUGUCCAAAAAGCCAGAAGCACCCUGUAACAUGUCCAACUGAUCUAACAUUCUCCCCCAUUUUCUCCUCUCAUAGUUCUUCAUUUCCCUUUCCCUCCCUUCCCACCAUGACUCAUAACAAGGAACUAUCUCUGAUAGUGCAUUCCUAUUACAUGUAUUUGGAAAUUCAAAUACUUUACAGAAUUUUCUAGAUGACCUAGCAAACUGAGCCUGCCAUUGGGAAGAUAAUAGUUUUGCAAUUCAUGUUUUUCUAUUGAAAAAUAUUUUGCUGCAAUAAUUUAUGCAAAAAAGGCCGUCCUGGAAUAUUUCUGUUCCAAAGGGUUUGUGUGACUGGAGGGAAAGAAAAGAGGAUAAGUUUGUUUUAAUUUUUGCAACUGUUUUUUUUCCAAGUUUCUGUGCCAAAAUUUGGGCCUUAUAAGUGAUAUUUGACACAUUCCUCUUUCCGGGAACACCUAGAAUUGGUAUUUCUCUUGAAAUUUGCCACUCUUUAAAUUCUGCUUCCUAAAUUUGUUUUAGCUGUACUUACUAUGUAUAGGUGGUUUGGUAAUUGGUUUCCCAGGCACUUUUUCAUUUGAUUCAGUCUGAAUUGCAGAUUUAUGUUCUGUAUAAUAAAAUCUUUUCUCUCUUUCUCCGAAGAA